GAUACACACGCGGCGGUGUUUUGAUAAAAAAAAACCCACCCAACUGCACAUUGAAGCGACUUUGUUAUACACGAGAAGAAUUUACCUCGAUAUGGGAUUUGUUUCGAAAAGUACACACGCGCGUAUUUAAAGGAUAUAACUCAGUAUGCGGCAGUUUUGAAACAAAGGGGUCUGGAGCGCCGUUGUCUCAGUGGAUUGGGGCCCUUUCUGGAUGGGAAAGAUGGAAUCAGAGGGCCAGUGGUGGAAAAGCCAGCUUGCAGCGGACAUCCACCAGGCUCUGCGAAUUAAGGAGCUGAAGUUGCCAACGUACCAGGCCCAGUCUCCACAGAUUGGGAUGCGGCGGUACUUUGCCGACCUGCUUGCUGUUCUCAGUAACAGAUACCAGCUUUGCCCCACGGCACGUCACCUGGCCGUCUACCUGCUCGACCUCUUUAUGGACCACUAUGAUGUAGCAGUGCGGCAGCUGUACGUCAUCGCCCUCUCAUGCCUCCUCCUGGCUAGUAAGUUUGAGGAGAAGGAGGACCGUGUGCCCAAACUGGAGCAGCUGAACACUCUUGGCUUCAUGUGCAGUCUGAACCUCACCCUCAACAAACGUGACCUCAUCAAGAUGGAGCUGCUGCUGCUGGAGACGUUCGGCUGGAACCUGUGCAUGCCCACACCUGCCCACUUCAUCGACUACUACCUCCACGCUGCUGUCCAGGAGGGGGACCUGCACAACGGCUGGCCCCUCUCCUCCAUGUCCAAGACCAAAACCUUCAUGGACAAAUACACACACUACUUCCUGGAGGUUUCGUUGCAAGAUCAUGCUUUCCUGAGCUUCAGGCCUUCUCAGGUGGCAGCUGCCUGCAUAGCUGCGUCCAGAAUCUGCCUGCAGAUCUCCCCCAGCUGGACCACUGUCCUCCACCUGCUCACGGGCUACUCCUGGGAUCAUCUGACGCAGUGCAUCCAGCUCAUGUUACUCGCUCACGACAACGACGUAAAAGAAGCCAACAAAUCCAAAUCUUCUCCUUCCACCAGUCAGAGCCUCCAGCCGCAAGCUCACGUCCCCCACAGCCCCGCCACCCCCUCUCUGCAAAGGCAGCCCGCCUCCAGCUCCCAGCAGCUGCUGCUCCAGGCCAGCAGUUACCCGCAGCUCUCCCAGCACUCGCCGGCGUUAUCCCAGCUGCACAUGCUGGCCGACUGCCAGGCCCUGGGACCAGUGGGCUCUCGGGAAUAUCUGCAGCCCCACCAGGCCAGUCUGCUUUCGGCCUCAAUGCCGGCCAGCUCAUUCACAUCAUUCCCAAGCUUGGCGUCGGGGCUUCGAGGUUUGCCCCUCCAGGGUCCCAUCUCCAUGCAGGUGAGCAUGGGGCCCGAGCGCCACUGCCUCGGUCUGACUUACGGGAGCGGCUGCUUGAGUUCCCACCACACGUUCACAGCCGGCUGCUUCGACAGGUGACGCCAGGAGAGGGAGGACAAACUCAACCUGGGGCUUCCGCCGA